GGGGGAGGGGUGCGGGGUGCUGCGGGGCUGGACACGGCCCUCGUGUCGUCCACCCGCGACCAGGCGCGCGGCGGCAGGAGAGCAGGCGCUGCAGGAGGAGCCGGCCGGGCUCCCCGCGGAGCCCCCCCAGCUCGCAGCGGGGCACGACCUGCCCGGCCCAGAGACCUGGGGCCCCGUUUGCGGGGCCUGGGCUACGGGGAAGCCGCGGGGCCGCGGGAGGUUUGCAGCCGCCUGCCUGCCUGCCUGCCUGCGGGAGCUGCGUGUGCUCUGGCUGGAGCCCCAGCGCCGCAGCAAGGAGCAGGUGCUGGAGCUGGUGGUGCUGGAGCAGUGCCUGCCAUCCUGCCCCGGGGAUGAGAUGCGGAGCCGGGCGCGGGGUCGUGGUGUGAAGAUCUGCGCUGAGGCCGUGGCCGUGGCCGAGGGGUUUCAGCCGGGUCAGGGGGAGGAUGAGACGCUGCAGGUCGCAGUGAGGGUGAAGGUCGAGGAGGGGCCCUCCGACGAGAUGCAGCCCCUGGGGGCACUGCAGGGCCCUGGUGAUCCCUGCCCGGAGCAGCCCAAGGCCCAUCCUGCAGACAGGCCUUUGGAGGAGUCAGGACAGAGGGAAACCCCGGGGCCUCAGGGCAAGCCACCUCACGUCCCCAUAGAGGAGCACCCACAGGAGUCAGGUGCUGGGACCCUGCAGAGAGCUGAGCAGCAGCCUGCUGAGGAGGGGCCGGUGAUCCUGGAGCUGCAGAGGACGUGCACAGGGAGCCUGGAGGAGAGGAGCUCCCUGAUCCCUGAGCCAGGCCAAGUGCAGAAGGGGCAGGGCAGGCCUCCAAAGCAGGAGGAGAGCUCAGAGCUCCAGGAGGUGUUUGAGGACGUGGCUGUGUAUUUCACACGGAAGGAGUGGGAGCUGCUGGACGAUGAAGACAAGGUGCUUUACCAGGACCAGAUGCUGAAGAAUUACCAAGCCCUCGUUUCCCUGGGAUAUCGAGGUCCCACACCUGACUUAAUCUGCAACAUCCAGCGAGGACAGGUGGAGCUCUGGGUCUGUGAUGAUGAGGACACUGGGGAACUCUCAAGAUCAAAGGACCAGCUGCCAGGAGGUGCCAGGAUGCUGAACAGAGCUGAGGAGCAGCCUCCUGUGGAAGGGUCUGCAGACCUGGAGCCAGCACAGACGUCCUCGAGGAGUUUGGUUGAGAUGGACUCCCUGAGACCUGAGAAGGAGCCAUGGCACGAGAGUCAGGGGAGACCCCAAAAGCAGAAGGAGAAGGACAUGUGCAUCCACCUAGGGAGGAAGACACACCACUGCACUGAGUGCAGGAAGAACUUCAUGUGCUUGCAAGACCUGUCCCAGCACAAGUGUGUGCAGCACCACUGCACCAAGUGUGGGAAGAGAUUCAGGCAGCUCUCCAACCUGGCAAGGCACAGGUGCAUGCACACAAGAGAGAAGCCACAUCAGUGCUCAGAGUGUGGGAAGAGCUUCUCUCAGUCCGCCUACCUGGCUCAGCACCAGCGUAUCCACAGAGGGGAGAAGCCUCAUCAGUGCUCGGAGUGUGGAAAGAGCUUCACUUACUCCUCCCAGCUAGCUCAGCACCAGCGUAUCCACACAGGGGAGAAGCCACAUCAGUGCUCAGAGUGUGGGAAGAGUUUCUCUCAGUCCGCCUACCUGGCUCAGCACCAGCGUAUCCACACAGGGGAGAAGCCUCAUCAGUGCUCGGAGUGUGGAAAGAGCUUCACUUACUCCUCCCAGCUAGCUCAGCACCAGCGUAUCCACACAGGGGAGAAGCCAUAUCAGUGCUCGGAGUGUGGAAAGAGCUUCACUUACUCCUCCCAGCUAGCUCAGCACCAGCGUAUCCACACAGGGGAGAAGCCACAUCAGUGCUCAGAGUGUGGGAAGAGUUUCUCUCAGUCCGCCUACCUGGCUCAGCACCAGCGUAUCCACACAGGGGAGAAGCCUCAUCAGUGCUCGGUGUGUGGAAAGAGCUUCACUUACUCCUCCCAGCUAGCUCAGCACCAGCGUAUCCACACAGGGGAGAAGCCACAUCAGUGCUCAGAGUGUGGGAAGAGUUUCUCUCAGUCCACCUACUUGGCUCAGCACCAGCGUAUCCACACAAGGGAGAAGCCACAUCAGUGCUCAGAGUGUGGGAAGAGCUUCAGUCAGACCUCCAGCCUGGCUCUGCAUCAGCUUAUCCACACAGUGGAGAAGCCAUAUCGGUGCUUAGAGUGUGGGAAGACCUUUGCUAACUCCAUUAAGCUGGUUCAGCACCAGCGUAUCCACAGGGGGGAGAAGCCAUUCCAGUGCUCAGAGUGUGGAAAGAGCUUCACUCACUCCUCCACCCUGGCUCAGCACAAGCAUAUCCACAUGGAGCAGAAGCCACAUCAGUGCUCAGAAUGUGGGAAGAGCUUCACUUUCUCCUGCAGGCUGGCUCAGCACCAGCGUAUCCACACAGUGGAGAAGCCAUAUCGGUGCUCAGAGUGUGGGAAGACCUUUGCUAACUCCAUUAAGCUGGUUCAGCACCAGCGUAUCCACAUGAAAGAGAAACCACAUCAGUGCUCAGAGUGUGGGAAGAGCUUCAGUAACUCCUAUAACCUGGCUCAUCACCACCGUAUCCACACGGGGGAGAAGCCAUUCCAGUGUUCAGAGUGUGGGAAGAGCUUCACUCACUCCUCCAACCUGGCUAAGCACCAGCGUAUCCACACAGGGGAGAAGCCACAUCAGUGCUCAGAGUGUGGGAAGAGCUUCACUCAGUCCUCCACCCUGGCUCAGCACCAGCGUAUCCACACAGGGGAGAAGCCACAUAAGUGCUCAGAGUGUGGGAAGAGCUUCGCUCAGUCCUCUACCCUGGCUCAGCACCAGCUUAUUCAUACAGGGGAGAAGCCACAUCAGUGCUCAGAGUGUGGGAAGAGCUUCGCUAACUCCUUUAGGUUGUCUCAACACCAGCGUAUCCACACAGGGGAGAAGCCACAUCAGUGCUCAGAGUGUGGGAAGAGCUUCGCUCAGUCCUCUACUCUAGCUCAGCACCAGCGUAUCCACACAGGGGAGAAGCCACAUCAGUGCUCAGAGUGUGGGAAGAGCUUCGCUAACUCCUUUAAGUUGUCUCAACACCAGCGUAUCCACACUGGGGAGAAGCCAUAUCAGUGCUCAGAAUGUGAGAAGAGGUUCAGUCACUCCUCCAACCUGGCUCAGCACCAGCGUAUCCACACAGGGGAGAAGCCACAUCAGUGUACAGAGUGUGGGAAGAGGUUCACUCAGUCCUCCAGCCUGGUUCAGCACCAGCGUAUCCACACAGGGGAGAAGCCACAUCAGUGCUCAGAGUGUGGGAAGAGCUUUACUAAUUUCUCCAAGCUUGCUCAGCACCAGCGUAUCCACACAGGGGAGAAGCCACAUCAGUGCUCAGAGUGUGGGAGGAGCUUCACUCUGUCCUCCACCCUGUCUCAGCACCAGCGUAUCCACACAGGGGAGAAGCCACAUCAGUGUUCAGAGUGUGGGAAGAGCUUCACUCAGUCCUCCAACCUGGCUCAGCACCAGCGUAUCCACACAGGGGAGAAGCCACAUCAGUGCUCAGAGUGUGGGAAGAGCUUCACUCGGUCCUCCAUCCUGGUUCAGCACCAGUGUAUCCACACAGGAGAGAAGCCACAUCAUUGCUCAGAGUGUGGGAAGAGCUUUGCUAAUUCCUCCAAGCUUGCUCAGCACCAGCGUACCCACACAGGGGAGAAGCCACAUCAUUGCUUAGAGUGUGGGAAGAGCUUCACUCACUCCUCCACGUUGGCUCAGCACCGGCGUAUCCACAUGGGGGAGAAGCCACAUUAGUGCUCCCAGUGUGGAAAGAGCUUCACUUACUCAUCCAGAUUGGCUCAGCACCAGCGUAUCCAGAUGGCGGAGAAGCCAUAUCAGUGCUCAGAGUGUGGGAAGAGCUUUUCUCAGUCCUCACACCUAGCUCGGCACCAGCUUAUUCACAUGAGGGAGAAGUCAUAAUAGUGCUCAGAGUGGGAAGGGCUACAUCUAAUCUUCCCACCUGCCUGGCACCAGCAUAUCCACACAGAGGAGAAACCACUUCUGUGGUCUGAGAGUGGGAAGUGCUUCCUCCACUCCUCCAAACUGGCCUAGACCAGUGCAUCCCUAUGCAGAAGCAUCCAUAGUUCUGCCCGCAAUACAGGAAGGGUUUGGAGAUGUAUACUGGCUCAUCACCCACCAGUGUCUGCAUCCAGGGAGGCAGUCUCAUGCUGGGGGACUGCAGCUGCAGUUCACCCUUCGUUCAGCCUUUGUAGGGCACUGCAAAACCCAAAGAGGACAGAGGCUGGCCUCCCCAGUUUGAUUUGGGUUAAGAGUUGAAAGGAAACACCUCAGGAAGAGGCCACCACAGAUACUGUUGGAACCUGUGAGGAGAUUGUGGCAGAAUCCCAUCUCUUUCUCUCCCCAAACUCUGCUAGGUGACAGUUUGGUUACCAUGGUCACUGCAGAGGGCAGAAACCUCUGGUCCCAUCUGCUUCAGGUAACCUUGAGUUGGAACUUGAGCUCCAUACAUUUCUGAGGGUUGGGGGAAAACUGCUCCCUCUGCCUAUGUGACUGGCAUCACAUACCUGGGUGGGGGGCUUAAGCUCCCUAUUGUUCCAAGCAAUGCCAACAUGACUGGGAGGGGACUGGAGCCCCUUCCAGUCUACCUGGCAACCAGUGAUGUGUUUCAAAUAGCUUGGCUGGCACCCAACAGUUGCUGGCCUUCAUUGGAUCGGGUAAAUGAGGUCAUAAGGUCUGUAUAAGUAAUGGAUUGCUCAGGAGGAGGGGCAGUAGGAUGAUGAGAACUCAGAGAGAAGCUGGACCAUCUGAAACUCCCUCUUUCUCCUGAAACUCAUAAUCAAUGAACUCCAGAGAGAAUCUUCAUCUGCCUCUUUUUAUUGAUACAUAUGUGUAAACUACUUGAGAGCUACCUAGAUACGUAGCUUGCUGUAACAUAGAUGCUCUUUGCUCUAUGGGAUUUCUUUGAUUUUGCUCUACUCUGUAUGCUAUUCCAAACGUACUCGUAACCAAUAAAGUUCUUCAUGUCUAGCAUGGGAGACUUAUUGGAGAGGGCCUAGAUUAUUCCUUGGGGUCCCCUUGGUUUGGCUGACAGAGGAAAACCACUAUUUGUGCUUCAAACUAAGGGAAGCACCCCAGAUUCUUGCAGUGAGUCAAGUACCCAUCAAGGACUACUAGGCCUGUGUUUCCCAGGGGGCACAGGGCCAGGAUCAGUCCAGACCCUGGGUGGUGGAGCUGUUACCCCCAGGCUUGCAGGUGUGCUCCAUGAAGUGGGUGGGCGAGACAUGAGGUGCCCCCAGGGAGGCACUCUGAGCCUGGAAGAUGGUCAGGUGCAGUGAGGUGGAUGGCUCAGCGCAGGAGCACCCCCUACUGGCCCACCACAGAGAUAAUCUUUGCAUCAGCCUUAGAGUCUGUGCCACCCCAUCAUUCUCUAAAAGCAGGCUGUUUUCCCAGGGGGAGAAGAAGUGUCAUUACAAUAGGUGCCCUCCCCAAGACAGCUGGCUCCAAAUGACAUUCAAGAACUCUCUUUGGCCCACUGUCACCUUUGACUUCUUUGCUAGCCCCAGGGUUCUUGUAUGUGAGGCUUCAGAGUUGUAGGAAGGAGGACAUUUAUUGCUGGGGAAGCAUUUCCUGGCUUCCACCUUGACCAUGCCUUUCCUCCCCACUGCAUACCCCCUUCUUCCAGGCCUGCGGAUGCCCAUCGCGGUCUUUAAGAAACUGCUACUGGCACCCCAUGAGCCCAGUUUGCCUGUUUUUUUUUUUUCUCAGCCCCUCCUCAGAACUCAGCAUCACCAGGUGCCAGCUGUCCUCCUUCCCACUGUCCUUUCCUUCAUGCCAUUCUCUGCAGCACCUUCCUUGGUAAUCAAGCCUCACAACUUAACAGGAAGGGAAGUUUAGAUAUUAGGAAGUAUUAUCUCAGUAGGAGGGUAGUAAAAUACAGGAACAGGUUACCCAAAGAGGUGGUGGAAGCUUCAUCCUUGGUGGUUUUCAAAACCCAGCGUGACAAAGGUUUGGCUUGGCUGAUCUAGUUGGAGAUAGUCCUGCUUUGAAAAGGGCGUUAGACUAGAUGAGCUCCUGAGGUCCCUUCCAAACCUAAUUUUCUAUGACUCUUUAGAGGAAUGCCUGUUCUAUACAUUUGGGUGCAUUGGUUAUCGCCCAGUUGGUCUUCUUUGCCAUACAUUUGCAUUUUCACAGAUCUGCAUUUUGCAUAUUGGCUUAAGUUUCUAUUCCACCCAUAAGAGCACACAAAUGCCAGCAUAAUCAUUUUGACUGAAGAAGGGUGUUUUUUCCCUGAAAGCCUGUAAAGAUCAAUUUUGCAAUGAUUUAGUUGAUCUAAUAAAAGAUAUCAUGUUUACCCAAAGAA